AUGGCACCAAUCUCACUCUCCAUCCGCAAAGCCACUUCGGCAGAUCUUGCACCAGUCCUCGCACUCGUGCGUUCCGCAUAUCGCGGUGAAUCCAGCCGCGCAGGGUGGACAACCGAAGCAGAGCUCGUCGAUGAUCAACGAAUCGACGAAGAGGGACUCUUAGCAAAGAUCAAUGAGCCAUCCGGAGCAGUCCUUGUUGCCCAGGACGAAGCCGGCGACAUCUUGGCAUGCUGCGAGGUUCUGAAGCAGAGCAACACUGUGGGAUACUUUGGCCUUUUCGCCGUAAAUCCGCUACGCCAAGCCGGAGGAAUCGGGCGCACUGUUCUCACGGCGGCAGAAGAAUAUGCCAAGCAGACGUGGGGUUUGACGGAGAUGGAGAUGACUGUCAUUUGGACGCGCGAGGAGUUGAUUCAGUAUUAUGUUCGCCGAGGAUAUACGCUGACGGAGAAGACGAAGCCGUUUCCUUAUGCUCAGCUGGUUGGCGGCAAGGCGCUGAGAGACGAUUUGUAUUUUUCCGUCUUGAUAAAGGCUCUUUGA